AUGUCGGAACUAAAAGACUUCAACCGCAUGUUCAGCCUCGACGGCAAGGUCGCGCUGGUCACUGGAGGCUCGAGGGGUCUCGGCCUCCAUACUGCCACGGCAUUCUUGCUCGCUGGCGCAAAGAAAGUCUUCAUCUCUGCGCGCAAGAAUGAAGGAGACCAGGGCAUUGACCAGGCCGUCGAGAAACUCAACAAGCUGCCCGUAUCCGGCACAGCAGUCGGCAUCGCUGCCAACGUCGCCGAUACCGAGGACAUUGAGAGACUGGUGAAGAAGGUGCAGGAGACGGACAACAAGUUAGACAUCCUGGUGUGCAACGCUGGAGCGACGUGGGGAGGCCCUUUCGACCCGACACCAGACUGGUCGAGCAAGAAGGUGCUGGACCUCAACGUCCGCGGCGUCUUUAAUUUGGCACGACUCUUCGCGCCCCUUCUCGAACGCGCCGGCACCCGUCAAUCGCCGUCUCGCAUAAUCAUCGUCUCCUCCACGGCAGGCACAACCGUGCCCCAUGUCGGCGAGCACGGCACAAUCAUGUACAGCAUCUCCAAAGCAGCAGCCCACCACCUCUCCCGCCAACUCGCCGUCGAGCUCGGGCCCAGGAACAUUACGACUAAUACCGUUGCCCCUGGCUUCUUCCCGUCGAAGCUCGCAAACGGCUUGAUCGAGAUGCUGGGCGGGCAGGAAGAGUUGGAGGAGAACAACCCACGGAAGAGACUGGGCGAACCUGAAGAUAUUGCUGGCGUCAUGGUGUUUCUGUGUAGCCCGGCUGGAGCGUACAUCAAUGGCGAAGAUAUCGCUGUGGAUGGGGGUAUGAGGCUCGCAUCAGGACGCCAUUCCAAGCUAUAA